AUGGCGCGUUGGAUGUGCCACAAUGCAUUCACACUCUCAGCCCUAGUCAUGCCCGCCGCCGAUGGAGAAUGGGCUGUGCUCAACCGCACCGACCUCAUCACAACCCUCCCACCUUCGAACACACCAUCACCACCACCACCACACACUCCACGCCCCGGAACAAUGUCCUACUUCCGCAUCACACUCCACCGCUCGGCAAUCGGCCUGCCCGAGCGCACGCGCGGCGUCCUGGCCGCCCUUGGCCUGCGCCGCCGCAUGCAGACCGUCUUCCACCCCGUGCACCCGCAGUUCGCCGGUAUGAUCCUCAAGGUCAAGGAGCUGGUGCGCGUGCAGGAGGUCGACCGCGCGCUGAGCAAGCAGGAGGUCAAGGCGGAGCGCACGCCCGACAAGGGCUUCUACGUUGAGAAGGCUGUGCCGCGGCUAUGA